GAUAUGGCGGGCUUGGGGACCCUGGUUCUGCGGCCCUGGAUUCGAGAGCUGGUACUGGGGUCAGAGGCACUCUCUAGUCCGCGGGCGGGACAACUGCUUGAGGUGUUAGAGGAGGCAGAGGCCCCGGGUCCAUCGCGCGCCCCUGACGCGUCUUAUGUUGGGGCUUCGCUGCUUGUGUCCGACGGGACCCACAGUAUCCGAUGCCUGUUGACACUAAAGGCCCUGAACACCUCCGACUGGGAGAAGGAGUUCGGUUUCCGCGGGACUGAGGGUCGGCUGCUGCUGCUGCAAGACUGUGAGGUCCGCGUCCAGGUCACCGAGCGCGGCGGACCCGCGGAGUUCUACCUCCAGGUGGACAGCUUCAGCCUGCUACCCACGGAGCAGCCCCGGGUACGAGUGGCUGGUUGCAACCAGGACCCAGAUGUGCAGAAAAAGCUCUGUGACUGUCUAGAGGAGUACCUGUCAGAGUCCACCUCCCCCAACCCAGGUCUGACAUUGUCCCAGCUUCUAGAUGAGGUACAGGAAGACCAGGAGCAUCGGGGGGCACUAGUGUGCCUGGCUGAGAGCUGUCUGAUGCUGGCAGGCCCUCGAACAGCACCUCCACUCACUCACUGGGCCGCCUCCCGCUGCAGGGCCACGGGAGAAGCUGUGUACACUGUAUCUAGCCUAUGGCUGCACAUCUCUGAAAAUGAUCAGCAGAUCUUGAGUUCUCUGGGCCCAGGUCAGAGGGCACAGGACCCUGAGCUGCCCCCACGAGACCCGGCUCUGCAGGACCUCUCUCUGACCCUGACUUCCUCCCUUUCUUCCUCACCCAGUUCCUCAGGAACUCCUCAGGGACUCCCUGGCCACACACAGUCAGAGGAAAGCAGUGCCAGCGUCAGCCUUCUGCCUGCCCUGUCCUUGGCUGCUCCAGAGCCAGCGCAGAGGGACAGUUCCCAGUCCUUAGCGGCCAUCUGCUCAACCCCUGACCCCUUCCCCUCCUGCUCUGCACACCUCCGCUGUCUACACCCCAGCUGUGAACCCAGCUCUCCGCCCCUGAGCAGCACACCUAGUCUCUUGCCCCUUGGCCAUGUCCCCAGACCACACCAGGCCCAUGUGAUCAGGGCUCGGAAACCUUGUCUGGAGUUCAAGGAGCCACCCCAGAAUCAACGGCCCCCUCCAAGGGCCAGUGCUACCACGGAAUCCCUGGAUCCCAGCCCUGUCUGGGAUCCCCCAAAUAGGCAUCGCGAUGGUUCUGCCUUCCAGUAUGCGUACGCACCACCCCCUGCUUCCCUCUGUGCCAGGGUCCAAGCUGCCAGGCUCCCUCCCGAGCUUGUGGCCUGGGCCUUGCAUUUCCUGACAGAGCCACCGCCAGAGCCUGAACUGAUGCAGCUGUGA